GACCUCCACACUUACAAUCAUGGCACAUCAGAACAGGAUGGCGUUUCUGCUAGGCCUCCUCCUUGCCGGAGUUAUCGCCGUGGCCGGCCAGAACUGCGGCUGCUCUUCCGACCUUUGCUGCAGCAAGUGGGGCUACUGCGGCACCGGCAGCGACUACUGCGGCGCCGGGUGCCAGUCGGGGCCGUGCGAGGCUUCUCCUCCUGCUAACGACGUCUCGGUGGCCGACAUCGUGACGCAGAGCUUCUUCGACGGCAUCAUCGGCCAGGCUGACGGCGGGUGCGCCGGCAAGAGCUUCUACACGCGCGACGCCUUCCUGAGUGCGCUCGGCUCCUACACCAGCUUCGGCCGCGUCGGCACGGCCGACGACUCCAAGCGGGAGAUCGCCGCCUUCUUCGCGCACGUCACGCAUGAGACCGGACAUUUCUGCUACAUAGAGGAGAUCGACGGCGCAUCGAAGGACUACUGCGACGAGACGAACACCCAGUACCCAUGCGUGGCGGGGAAGGGCUACUACGGCCGCGGCCCCAUCCAGCUGUCGUGGAACUUCAACUAUGGCCCCGCCGGGGAAAGCAUCGGGUUCGACGGCCUCGGCGCGCCAGAGACGGUCGCCAACGACGUCGUCAUCUCCUUCAAGACCGCCUUGUGGUACUGGAUGAACAACUGCCACUCGCUCAUAACCUCUGGCCAGGGAUUCGGAGCCACCAUUCGAGCAAUCAACGGCGCUCUCGAGUGCGACGGCAAGAACCCAGCGACAGUCAACGCCCGCGUCGGGUACUACAAGGACUACUGCAGCCAGUUUGGCGUUGACACCGGAGACAACCUCACUUGCUAAGUGCUUGGUUCUCUCUGCUGCACCCAAACACAACAAUAAAUGAGCUGCUUGGAAACGAAAGUAUGAAUCCAAUGGAUUACACAUUUACAGAAUAAAAAGGCUAUGCAUUUCAACUACAA